UGCUGUAAUUCAUACUGUCAAUACUGAUAUCCUUCAAAUGACCUUUAUUCGUGUUCAACGCACUAUUCUAAAUUUUGACAGUUGUGCAGCGGCAGUUGAACAGUGUAAUAUAGUCUAGGGUCAAGAAAAAUUAACAAAAACCACAAUGAGUACCUACUUCCAAUACCCAACCCCUGAAAUCCAGGAGGAGCUGAAGAAGAUAGCACAGGCUAUUGUGGCUCCUGGCAAGGGUAUUCUUGCUGCUGAUGAAUCUACUGGAACCAUGGGCAAGCGUCUCCAAGACAUUGGAGUGGAAAACACUGAAGAGAACCGUCGUAAAUACCGUCAGCUGCUCUUCAGCACUGACCCAGCCCUCUCUGAGAACAUCUCUGGAGUGAUCCUCUUUCACGAGACUCUCUACCAGAAGGCCGAUGAUGGCACACCCUUGGUCCAACUGCUGGAAAAGCGGGGAAUCAUCCCCGGAAUCAAGGUCGACAAAGGUGUCGUGCCACUUUUCGGAUCUGAAGAUGAGUGCACCACCCAAGGUUUGGAUGACUUAGCCCAACGUUGCGCUCAAUACAAGAAGGACGGAUGCCACUUUGCCAAGUGGCGUUGCGUCCUGAAGAUCGCGCGUAACUCACCAUCCUACCAGGCAAUCAUGGAGAAUGCGAAUGUCCUCGCACGUUAUGCCUCCAUCUGUCAGAGCCAGCGUAUCGUUCCUAUUGUGGAGCCAGAGGUGUUACCCGAUGGCGAACAUGACUUGGACCGCGCCCAGAAGGUAACAGAGGUGGUGUUGGCUGCUGUGUACAAGGCUCUUAGCGACCACCAUGUCUUCCUUGAGGGAACACUCCUUAAGCCUAACAUGGUGACAGCUGGACAGAGCUGCAAGAAGCAGUACACUCCGAUGGACAUUGGCCGUGCCACUGUCACUGCUCUACUCAGAACUGUGCCUGCUGCUGUUCCCGGAAUCACAUUCCUCUCUGGUGGCCAGUCUGAAGAAGAGGCGUCCGUGAACUUGAACGCUAUCAACACCGUCGAUCUGAAACGUCCAUGGGCGUUAACCUUCAGCUACGGUCGUGCCCUCCAGGCUUCAGUGCUCCGCGCAUGGGCGGGCAAGCCUGAGAACCUAGUAGCCGGACAACAGGAAUUGUUGAAGAGAGCUAAGGCCAACGGUCUUGCAGUUAGAGGACAAUAUGUCGCCGGAUCGAUUCCUUCCCUAGCAGCCUCAAAAUCUAACUUUGCUAACGGUCAAGCAUCACAGGGCAAAUACGUCGCCGGAUCCGUCACAGGUGUGGGCGCCGAGGCUGGUCUUUUCGUAGCAAACCAUGCUUACUAAAUACCAUAGCUAAAAGUAGAAUUCGAGAAUAGCCGACUAUAUAAUACUAAAAUAUUUCCGCCAUUGUGAAUUUAGAAAGUCUUUAAAACGUCACCGUGACAGUUACCGGUCAAAUGACAUUUACUUUUAUGCACAAAAAUUUAAGAGAUAAAAAUUGAGCUCUACUCAAACCCUCUGAAUUGGCGAAGUUUUGUAUCGUCGGCUUAUUUUAUGACAUGGCAAUCGAUUAUUAAAUUUUUCACGUAUUUGAUUCCAUAUAACUGAAAUCAUUGUUUCCUUCUAAAACAUAGUAAUGUGUAGAUGGAAAUACUGAUUAAUAUUAUAAAGCUACUUUUGCUUAAUUGAUAUUGCUAUGUUAGUCUAUAGAGAUUAGAGUAACAGUAUUUACUCGAAUGAAAACCUCGAAAUUAAAAAUUGUAUUGUUGUUCCAUGUAAAUUAGGUACUGUCGUAUUAGAUUGAGAUUAGGCAUCUUAUGCUUCAUGUAAUGUGACAUUUAAUAUUUAAUUUAUCAUAUAUAAAACGUAAAAUUUUACAACAUGGAUAUAGAUCAAUAGUUUUGUACGAUCAACAGAAAUGUAUUUUAUUUGUAUAAAUUAUUUAUUUACACUAUUAUUUUAGUAUUUAAAUGUAUUUUGAUAAUUAAGAGUAAAGUGUAAUGUUCA